UUCCUGGGUCCACGAGUGGUGGCGGUUCUUUUCCCGACCGUUUUCAAAAGCAAAAGAUAAAAAAGUUACGAGCGUCAACGGUUUAUCGAGAAACAAACAAUCCACAUCAAAAUCCAUCGUCUUCACCAAUUCUCCGCCACCACCAUACCUACUCAAUUCCCAUCCAAUUUCUCAACUCUCUCACAUCCCCUGAGCUCAGAUUUUACUCAAUUCCCAUCUCAAAUCCCUUUCCUUUCUCUUAAAAUUCGCACUCCUUCACAACCCAGAUCCGAUCAAACACCUUUUCUCAAUCACUCUUCCCAGAAACUUGGAUUCCAUUUCUACCCAAAACCUAGAAUUCUGUGCCUCUUUUGGGUUCUCCGACAUGGCUUUGCCAUCACACAAAGCUGUGACAUUGACCCACGUGAGGUACCAGAGGGGUGACAAACUGGGUUACUUCCUGGCAUGGAUUUCUCUGGUCCCAGUCUUCAUAAGCCUCGGUGGGUUCGUCUCUCACUUCAUCUUCCGCCGCGAGCUCCAAGGCAUGUUCUUCGCUCUGGGCCUCAUAAUUUCUCAGUUCGUCAACGAGUUCAUCAAGACAUCGGUCCAGCAAGCUCGGCCCGAGACCUGCGCUCUGCUUGAGAUGUGUGAUUCGCAUGGAUGGCCUUCGAGCCACUCUCAGUACAUGUUCUUCUUUGCUGUCUACUUCACCCUCAUGACGUAUAAAGGGAUUGGGCUCUGGCAUACGAAGAACAAGUUUGCUGUUAUUUUUUUGCCUUGGGCUUUGGCUUUGCUCACUAUGUAUUCGCGGGUGUAUUUGGGUUACCACACUGUGGCUCAGGUGCUUGCUGGUUCUGCUUUGGGAGUUUUUCUUGGGGCUCUGUGGUUUUGGGUUGUGAAUUCUGUGCUUUACUCUUACUUUCCGGCUAUCGAAGAGAGCUGGUUUGGGAGAGCGUUUUACAUCAAGGACACUUCUCAUAUACCCAAUGUGUUGAAGUUCGAGUAUGACAAUGCCAGGGAUGCUAGGAACAAACUGGCUGCCAAGAGUAACUGAUUGAUGAAAACUCAUCUAGGUAAGUUGCUCAAGAUCUUUGUCCUGGCUACUGCGUGUAUCAACGAGAUGAUUAAAUAUUUAUCAUUCGGUUUGCAUCACUUGAUUCAGAAAAUAAUUGUACUAGAAGUCAGUUGGAUGGAUCGCUUGGAUUUCAGAUUGCUCCAGUAUUAUUAAAAAGAGAGCAUGUUGUGAUAUCUGAAGUUCUACCGUGUUGCAACAGACUGUUAUAGAUUGAGAAACUUUAGUUAUUGUUAGUGGACAAUUUUUAACAUGUUUGUUCAUCACCACAUGAAAUAGAAGUUGCAUAAAUUGUUUUUCCAA